AUGGAGUUCCUUUCUCUCAACUUAGAGAACCAGUCUACACUACUACCAAAGCCGAAUCUUCUACGUCAGAUCAUCGUCGUGGCGUCUAUCGUCGCCGGUGUUCAGUUUGGGUGGGCUCUACAGCUAUUCUUAUUGUUGCCGUACGUUCACCUCCUUGAUAUCCCACACGCUUCCGCAGCUUACAUCUUAUUUUGCGGACCCAUAAGUGGGAUGUUCGUGCAGCCCAUAGUAGACUACUAUAGUGACCGCUGCACGUCGCGGUUUGGACGCCGGCGGCCUUUCAUUGUUGCCGGAGCCUUAGCGGUCGCCAUUGCAGUGCUCCUUAUAGGCUACGCUGCUGACAUGGGACACAUGUUUGGUGACUCGCUCGAGAAGAAGGCCUACCCGCGCGUCAUAGCCAUCUUCGUGGUCGGGUUCUGGAUGAGUGGUACCAUAACAUGGUAUUAG